AUGUCCUUGGUGUGUCUGACAGAUUUCCAGGCCCUUGCCCAGGAACGGCUGUCUAAACCAUCUUGGGAUUAUAUUGAUGGAGGAGCUGGUGAAGGCAUCACACGGGACGACAACAUUGCAGCAUUUAAAAAAAUUCGCCUUCGUCCCCGUUACUUGAAGGAUGUGUCGAAGGUGGACAUCAGGACCACGAUCCAAGGGCAGGAGGUCAGCGCCCCCAUCUGCAUCUCACCCACUGGUUUCCACUGCCUGGCUUGGCCUGAUGGAGAAAUGAGCACAGCCAGAGCUGCCCAGGCCGCUGAUGUCUGCUACAUCACCAGCACGUAUGCCAGCUGCACUUUGGAGGACAUUGUCACUAGUGCCCCCAGAGGCCUGCGCUGGUUCCAGCUCUACGUGCUGCCAGACCGGCAGCUGAACAAACAGCUGAUCCGGAGAGUGGAAUCCCUGGGUUUCAAAGCUCUGGUGAUCACUGUGGAUGUCCCCAUAGCUGGCAACAGGCGACAUGACAUUCGAAACCAACUGGACUUGAAGUCAAACUUACUGCUAAAGAAUCUCCGGUUCUCAAAAGAGGGAAACAUGAUGCCUAAUCUCCAAAUGACUCCCAUUGACCCAUCCAUCUCCUGGAAUGACCUUUCCUGGUUUCAGAGCAUAACUCAGUUGCCCAUCAUUCUUAAAGGGAUCCUGACGAAAGAGGAUGCAGAGUUAGCUGUGAAGCACAAUGUCCAAGGUAUCAUCGUUUCCAACCACGGUGGAAGGCAGCUUGAUGAGGUUUCUGCUUCUAUUGAUGCCUUGCCAGAAGUGGUGGCUGCCGUGAAAGGACGCGUUGAAGUAUACAUGGAUGGUGGGAUCAGAUCUGGCAAUGACGUGCUCAAGGCUCUGGCCCUGGGGGCUAAGUGUGUGUUUGUCGGGAGACCAAUCCUGUGGGGUCUGGCCUGCCAGGGUGAACGUGGUGUUGAAGAAGUUCUGAACAUUUUGAAAAAUGAAUUUCGCACUACCAUGACUCUGACUGGCUGUCGGUCUGUUGCUGAGAUCAAUCAGGACCUGAUCCAGUUCUCCAGGUUGUGAAGUAGGAGAGUGAAUAAAUGGACCACUAAGGUUGCCCAUGGAGGAAGAGUGAUUCAGCACAGGAAGAUACUGUUCUUGCCCACACCACCUC